AGGCAGACGGCCUCGCAGGCGGGUGGCGGCGGCCGUGCUGGCUGCUGAGGGCGGGAGCGAGUGAGUCACUGCGCGCGUGUGAGGGAGGGAAGGAGCGAGGGAGCCAGCAGCCCGCGCCCGUCGCCCUCCCGCAGCUACCGCCAGGCCCCCCGCUACCGCCUGCCGUCCGCCCAGCGCCCAGGCCGGGCCGAGCCGAGCCGGGUCGGGCCCGGGCCAUGCUGCUCACCGUGUACUGUGUGCGGAGGGACCUCUCCGAGGUGACCUUUUCCCUCCAGGUCGACGCCGACUUCGAGCUGCACAACUUCCGCGCGCUGUGCGAGCUCGAGUCCGGCAUCCCCGCCGCCGAGAGCCAGAUUGUCUACGCAGAAAGACCUCUCACGGACAACCACAGAUCAUUGGCUUCUUAUGGCUUGAAAGAUGGGGAUGUUGUGAUUUUACGACAGAAGGAGAAUGCAGACCCUCGCCCUCCAGUUCAGUUCUCAAACUUACCCCGGAUUGACUUCAGUAGCAUCGCUGUGCCUGGAACGUCAAACCCCCAGCAGCGCCAGCUGCCCAGAGCACAGGCUCAGCACUCAUCUUCUGGGGAAGUAGCAGCGUCUCCUCAAGGCCUAGACAACCCAGCCCUGCUCCGAGACAUGCUGCUGUCCAACCCGCAUGAGCUGUCCUUGCUGAAGGAGCGUAACCCACCCUUGGCAGAAGCUCUGCUCAGCGGAGAUCUCGAGAGAUUCUCUCGCGUUCUGGUAGAGCAGCAACAGGACCGAGCUCGAAGAGAACAAGAAAGAAUUCGUCUAUUUUCUGCUGACCCCUUUGAUCUCGAAGCUCAGGCAAAGAUAGAAGAAGAUAUAAGGCAGCAGAACAUCGAGGAGAACAUGACCAUAGCUAUGGAGGAGGCCCCGGAGAGCUUCGGCCAGGUGGCCAUGCUCUACAUCAACUGCAGAGUGAACGGGCACCCUGUGAAAGCCUUCGUUGACUCAGGGGCCCAGAUGACUAUUAUGAGCCAGGCUUGUGCAGAAAGAUGUAACAUCAUGAGGCUGGUAGACCGUCGGUGGGCUGGCAUAGCCAAAGGAGUAGGCACACAGAAGAUUAUUGGAAGGGUGCAUCUAGCUCAGGUUCAGAUUGAAGGCGAUUUCCUGGCAUGUUCCUUUUCGAUACUCGAAGAACAGCCUAUGGACAUGCUUCUAGGACUGGACAUGCUUAAACGGCAUCAGUGUUCGAUUGACUUGAAGAAAAAUGUGCUGGUGAUUGGCACCACAGGCUCACAGACCACCUUCCUUCCUGAGGGGGAGCUCCCAGAGUGUGCCCGCUUGGCAUAUGGAACUGGGCGAGAGGACAUACGGCCGGAGGAGAUUGCAGACCAAGAAUUAGCAGAAGCCAUUCAAAAAUCAGCAGAGGAUGCAGAGAAAAGCAGUAAAGAAUCUACCUCACUGGGAAUGUCAUCGUUGCUGACUUCAGAUGGAUUCCACCAUCCAGCCCCUUCUUCAGGACAAAGUCCUGAGGUUGGUAGCUCUACGAGUCUUGCUCGUUCUGUCUCUGCUUCAGUCUGUGCCAUCAAGCCCAGUGACCCCAAUAGCACUGAACCUAUAGCUAUGGAGGCUAUGAAGGCUUCGGCUGAAUUGCAGACAAACUCUAAGAAAACAGAUCCUUCUCCUCCUCCUUCUCCUCCUCCUCCACUGCAGGGUCUUCCUGAUCUCGCUUCCCCAGCAGGCCAGAAUCCAGCUAUGCCUUUGCAUAAUUCAUCUGAAGAAGCAUUUGUUGCAGAUAAUCCAGAGAAAUCUGCAGAGAGAAGAGCCCAGGGCCUCAGAGUUUAUCUCCACACAAGACAAGACGCUAGUUUAUCUCUCACAACUACUGGGAUGCAUGAACCACAAGGGUUUCUGGAAGAAAAGAGUUGGCAUCCAGAAAAUCAGAACCGCAGUCAAGGGAAUGGCCUUCAGCCGCACAGUGAACCACACAGAGGGAAGGGACAGCAGAAGGCUUCACGUGACCAAGAAUGUCUUUGUGACACAGAAGACCUUGAACUUUGUGAAGAAAAUCAACAGGACCAAGAGAAAAUUGUCAGUUUGGAAGCUGUGACGAGAGAUGAACUACAGACAAGUGUGCCUCUUCUAAGUACAGAAGAGAGUCUUCUCGCUUCAGGGUACUGUAGCUGUUCAUGCUCAGAAACCCUGAUGGAGGUCGAUGCAGUUGAACCGUCUCUGGUUGCUGUUUGCAGCUCAACAGGCAGGCAGAAGGCCAGCUCCAAGAGCCCUGGUGCAUCUCAUCUCACUUGCGAUAAUCCCUCCAUGGAGAUGGAAACAGUACAGUGUAACCCCUCGUGUGAGAGCAUGGAACGUUCCAUCUCGACUUGGGAUUUCCAUCCCCCAGAAGAUAAUGUGGAAAUGUCUGCGAUGGACAGCAAAGAUAACAGCGCUUCAUCUUCCCCCUUAAAUGAUCAUGGUCAGCCCUCUGUGGAGGCACCCGAAGAAUUUUGUUCAUCUGUCACGGUGGCCUUGAAAGAAUUGCAUGAUCUUCUGGUCAUUAGCUGUAGGCCAGCUUCAGAAAAUGCACCUGAAGGCGUUACCUGUCAGUCAGAAAUGGAAGCUGAGAGCCAAACUGGUAUUUUGGACCCUUCAGGAAGGAGGGCUAGAAGUGAGCAUCUGACCCCUAGUGACCAGUACCCACAAGUCUCCUGUCCCCAGGCCACCUCUGAGUCACAAAGGAUAGACACCACACCUUGUGCUGGGACAGAAGAUGGAGCUUGCACUAGCUUCAGGGGCCUUGGCGAUAGUUUGUCAACUGUCAGAGAUCUUCCCAGGCCAAGGGAGUCAGUCAGGAAGAGCUGCUCUGUCGCCAUAACCUCAGCUAAACCAGCUGAUGAGUUGCAUUGCACCUCAGGUGUAGAAAUCUCGCCCCCAUUUGCAGGAGGUGAGGAGGGUACUCACAGCCAGCCUUCUGAGCACGUUCAGAAUCCAAGCACAGACGGGCUGGAGACCAGUGAUGUCUGCCCUGGAGCUGCGCCACCCUUCGGUGGAUUGGACCCGCCUGCCUCACAGUCCUUGUCCGCUCUUCCGCCUUUCACCUUCCCUGCUGCGGAUGUUGACCGGAUUCUUGGUGCUGGCUUCACUCUGCAGGAAGCCCUUGGGGCUUUGCAUCGAGUUGGUGGGAAUGCAGACCUUGCACUUCUUGUUUUGCUAGCAAAGAACAUUGUAGUCCCUACAUAAUUGUGGGAAAGUGGGCCAGACCCUAUUCCAUUCCCUUUGUGAAAGUCCUCUCCACACAGAUACACUCACCACACACAUACACAGUAUAUGUAGAAACCUGCAAGCAAAAUGUUGAGCCAGAUUUUUUCCCCCCCGGCCAAAGUAAUUUAUGAUCUUUUGUCUGAUGAAUUUGUCUAUUUUACUUGUUAAAUUUUGGGCCUUUUAAAAUGUAUUGGCAGUGUGUGCAUACAAAAGCUUUUUAUUCUCAUUAAGAUGAUGUACUCUGGAAUAAAAUGGAUGGUUUUCUGUAUAGCAUACCAUUUUAGAUGAGUGAAUGCUUGGAAAGCAGGAGCCACGAGGAACCUGCCACCCGCUCAGCUAGGAACACAUCAGCCCCUUCUGUGGCUCUGGUUGUACUGCGUGCAGAAUAUGGCUUGUAACAGGAAGCUGGGGAAGAAGUCAUUAACUCCUGGAGUUGUGUGUGUGUUGACUUGUGUGCUCAGGGGUGACAUUUAAAUAAGGUGAGCGGGAAGGCUUGACACCUGGACAGUCUUGUGCAUCAUAGGCUGCUGCAUGGAUAGAUUGCCUAAUACCUUUAAGACGGUGGGUGGGGUGUGGGGAAAUUUACAUUAGAGUGAAACAUGGUGCUACUUGUAUUUAAAAAGGGAAGAGGAAAAACCUGAUCAUAAUUCCAUUUGCAAAUGUCAAGGACUGUGAGAAAAAGAUAAUGGCUUAGACAAAACACUGGAAUGUACUAGAGAUAAGGCUUGGGGACAUCUCACUGACACCCCAACCCUCAUUGGCAAAUGGUGAGUCCACAUUCAACUCAUGGGUUGGCUGCCAGGAGCCUAGCUUCUGAAAUGCAUCUUCCCAUGCUCAGUUUGAGCUGAGCGAGACCAUGAGCUGGGAGAACCUUUGUCCCUAGUCCUCUUGGUGCUUAGCCUGGUCGGUCUGUGAGUGUCCUUUGUGGUGGUGAAUACAGCUGAAGUUGUGACUACAGUGGCCUUGGUACAGUUUCCAUCCCUUUUUUUCCUCAGGAGUUUAUUUUCUAAGCAGGAUCCAUGUCUGUGUUCUCACGUUGAGUCAGAGUGGGGCAGAAUGCGUAGAUGUGUUUAUUGUGGCCUUUUUAGUGUAUGUUCUCACCUUGCAAGUCCUGUGGGCCCCACUGUGCAAUAAUCCCUCCAGAGAGGUUUGAAAGCAUCCUUUUCCUGGAAUAUAAGCUGUUGUCUUCUAUGUCUGGCAGGAAUCUGGAAUCUUAAGGGUCUUGAGGAUAAUUCCUGGUUUCCAGUGAGAGGUGUAGUGUGUUGAAAUGGAUUUCUGAACUUAGCAUUAACUGGUGGUUUGUCUAAAGUCAGUCUCUGUCUAUCUGUCUGUGUCUGUCUUCUCUCUCUCUCUCUCUCUCUCUCUCUCUCUCUCUCUCUCUCUCUCUCUCUCUCUCUCUCUCUCUCUCUCUCUCUCUCUCUCUCUCUCACUCAUUCUUACCAUCAAAAUUGAAGUCACCGAGCACAGACAGGUCAUAUCUCAGGAGUUCUUGAAACUUUAGGGACACUUACAAGGAUCUGUCCUCUGAUCUGUUUCUUCUUUGUGCCAUUUUGUUUGUGUGCCGAGACUCACUUCAGUGACAUGGUGGCAAGUCACACGGAGUGUCAUGCUCCUCUCUGGAGUUAGGAAAUGGUUGCUGGAUGGCCCUGUGGUUUCCUCCUCUCCUUUAGGCACUCAGAGCAUCAGGCUAGCCGAGAAGUUCAGACAAGUACAGCUUGUCCACCGUCUGCGUGUUCUGCACCAAAGAUGUGUGUGUGUGAUACACUGGGAAACUGUUCCCAGGAUUCUGUCACCCAAGAUUAAAGCAAGACCAAGUAGCAGUCCAGUGAGACGUGGAUUUGUUGGGGGUGAAGAGUGUCUUAGGGCUACAAAUCUUUGGGGCCACACGGUGGGGUGGAUAGAGAAGGUACUGAUGACAGUCUCACCAGAAGGCUUUUUGAGCAGAAGAACCUGGCAUGCAAGCCCAGGGGGCUGGCCACCGACUUUUUAUAAUGUGGGUUCUUGGGAGAUACCCCUAAGCAAGAGUGUCAUCUCCAGUGUCAUCGCUACAGUAGCUUAUAAUAUACCUACAUGUGUGUUUAUUUGUAGAAGCAAACUGUUAGAGCAGUAGUUACACAGAUAUCCUUUAACUGAGCUUAGCUCACUUGCCAAUUACUUGGUUCCUUUGGAUUGUUACUUUUGAUUUUUAAACACUGUCAAAAAAUAAAACGCUCACAUAUAUCUUUAUCCCCAGGAGGCAGGCUGAUCUCUGUGAGUUCAAGGCCGCCAGAGCUCCAUUAGUGAGACCCUGUCUAAAAACAGAAAAGGGAAAAAGAAUCUUUUGUCUGAUAUUUGUAAAGUUAGAAAUUGAUUGGCUUAAAUUGAGCAGUCCUAAGACAGAGGACAUUAAGGAACAUGACACUUGCUGACCUUCCUUGUCAGUUUUCCAAGAGUAAGAUCAAAUCCUUGUGAAUACUAGUGUUUAGCAUGUCCGAUUACAGCCAUAACCACAUGGGGGAACUUUUUCAAACUGUGUCAGGAGGUUCAGUGGUCGGCACUCACCUCCAGCGGUGGUCUCCACGUAUGCACCAAAGAGGAUUUUCUUGUAAGCCUUCUGCUGAAGCUGGUGUGUGGAAUGGGGCUUGGUAGCCAGACAGUGUAACUGCAGCUGGAGACUUGGCCCUUUGGUUCUUCGAAGGCCUUCAUCCCACAGUUUGGGCUCUGGGUGUUGAUAGAUGAAGAUGAGACCAGUUGUUUGUCAAAGGAAGAUUGAGUAGAUGGUGAAUAAUGUACGAAAACCUCAGCCUCAAACCCUAGUCCUCUACCCAAAGCAUUUCUCUGGCAAGAAGGUGCCUAGGAAUGGGGUAGGGAACCUGGUGUCACUGGUUUUAUAACCAGCUUGUAUAGCAUCUGCCUGCCCAUCCCUCUCUACAGCUUUCUAUCUCUAGUGAAAGCCAUAAGAAUUUGUUUCAACUUUUCAGCUCAUGUCUAUACAUAAAUAUGUAAACUAUCAUCUAUAAGGUGAUUGACAAAUGUUUCGCAUAGAUUGAAGAGCAGCUUUUAUGUGUACAGAUGUCUGCUUUUCUUCCUACUGUGUGUAUAAUAAAUUGCCUUGCAAAUAACUGUGCAGGAGAGUCAGACAAAUUUUCGUUUUUGUUGUAUGGUGUUUUGUUUUUGGAGAUAAAAUCUCGCCAUAACCCAGACUGUCCUCAAACUCAUGGCAAUUCUCCUGCCUCAGCCUCUAGAAUGGUGGGAUUAUAGGCUCACACUACCGUGUCCAGUUCACCCAGUGCAUUCCGAUUGCUGCCUGUGCCUGAACUGACUGGUAGGGCUUGGUGGCUUAAUGGUAGCACUCCUUCAUCACAUGUGAGGUUACGGUUUGAUGCUUACCACCAAAAAAUAAAAGUAAAAUCUGUUCUUGGUAGCAGAGUCUGUAACUGACUACAAAGGCAAAGGCUACCAUUCCUGAAGAGCGGAGGUGUCUUGUCUCAGUAGUUAAGAUAGCAUUUUGUGUUUCCUGUGACUGUGUUCCUCUUGACAGCAGAAAGUCAACACAGCGGUUCCUGUGAGUCAACGCACUGAGCUGUGAGUUUUCUAACCCCCAAGUGCUGGCAGAGCCACAGUAAGGACCUUGGGGUCCCUGAGUACUGGCAAUGAGCUCCUGUGAGUUACUUAACCCCCCCCAAGUGUUGGCAGAGCCUCAGUAAGGACUUUGGGGUGAGCCUUGUAUGUACUUGCUUUUCUUUUGUGCCUUAAUUUUUUUGAAUAGCAGAAGCAUCACAUCUUGGGGGUAUCAGGGAAAGGGCAGAGGACAGCUCUCCUGGAGAGGGCUGGCCACAGGGUGUGGUCCUUGAUUUGUAACCACAUUGAUUCACUCUUUCCCUGCAUCAAAGAUUAGGUCUCCCCAGACAGGAGUUUCUGCAUUCUGUAAACCAAAAAUGGCUUCCAGGUGAUUCCUAGGUUUUCUGUUGUGUAUUUUGUGCUGUUAGGGAGAAAUCAAAUCUUGCAUCCUAGAUAGGAAAUUGACUCCUGUCAGGUUAUGCAGUGUAAGAAAGAACCCAUUGAUUUGUUCAUCAAACAUUGAGUGCCCUGAUGCCUGAAAGCUUAGCAGCAACUGGACCAAACUGAGCCUGGCCUUAGAAGCCCUCAGUCUAGAAGAGACGUGGCAAGUUUUAACUUAGGUCUGUUUUUACCUAUUGGCAUGUUUUUGUUUUUGAGAAGAGAUGUGUUUUGUUUAUUGUUUAAACAGUUAGGGGCUGGUUGUGGUCACGAACACCUUUAUAGGCCAGUCAGGGCCACAAGGAGUUGUCUCAAAAUGAGUAAAUAAAAAUAAAAAAACACUUGAGGAUGUAGGGGAAUGCAGCCCAUUGAUAGGUAGAGUGCCUAGCUGCAGGAAGCCUUCGGUCCAGGUAUGCAGUGUGCAUGUAAUCCAAGCACUGCGAAGUGGAGGAGGAUCGAAGUUCAAGGUCGUUCGUGGCUACAUAGUUUCAGGCCAGCUUUGGUUACAUGAAUCCUGGUCUCCAAAAAAGUGGGGGGACAGUUAUGGGUGUGGCUCCAUGCUUGCCUGGCACACAAGGCCUAGGGUUUGAGCCCCAACACUGCAAGGAAAAAAUAAUUUUAAAUAAAAAUUAGAAGUAACCGGGAAGAUGCUGAGGAAUCAGUGUGUGAUACUGUCAACCAGAAAGGAGCCGGUGGGCCAGGAGGAGUUCAGGAAUGGAAGAGGAGUGGCAGUGACCUUCCCUCCCUUUAGGACUUCGCAUGUCACACUGAUAGGGGUGGGUAGGUGGGUGUGCAGCAUCCUCCACCCUCCAACCGGGAUGCUGACCAUCUGGGAGAGCUCAGCAGAGGCCUCCGAGGGAUGUGCUAUUUUAAGGCAGCUGAGUGCAAUGUGUGGAGAUGGAAAUCCAGAGCAGAAAGAAUAGUGAAGGAUGGGUGGGGUGGGCCCGCAGGACUGCUUUGCAGAAUUCUACAAGACACUCUGCAACCCAAUGCAUGCCUUCCUGCAGCAUAGAAGACAUUCUCCAACCCAAUGCAUGCAUUCCUGCAGCAUAAAAGGAAAAUAGGUUGUUAGUGAUUUCUGGGCUUCACAGUUAGGAAAUACGCUCAAAAGUUAAGCAGUAAUUAUGACUGGGGGGGUAAGGGGGUUGAAGCGUGGUGGGGGACUGCUAAGUUUUAGGACAAUAUCUGGGGAAAUGUACCAAGAAAAUGGCUUGAGAACAUAGGAGUUUCCUUACCUGCCAAGUUUGAACCACAGAUUGGGAGAUGUCAUGUAGUACAAGAUCAGGUUGCUUCUUACAGAGCUGUGAGUGGCUGAUUUGGGUAAGGGGCAUUUUCCCUGGGCCUAUUGAGGUGAUGAGCAGUGAUUGUACUUCUUGGUGUCCCACAACCUGCAACCUUAAAUGAAUGACUUAAUGGCUUGCAGAGGUGACCUAUGUUCUUACAUGAGCCAGCCAGAUCUGUGUUAUGGGCUCCUUGACUGGACCGUAAAGCCUGGGAGACAAUACAUGGGCUCACAGCAUUCCACCCCAGUGCUUAGACUUGUGCGCUCCCCUGCCCUGGGUGUCUUCAGUUCUGGCAAGACAUCAAAGGAAUCCCUUGUGUCUAUUGAAUCUACUCCAUAUCAUGACCCUUUCAUGAGACACUAAUUGUGCUUUUGUGUCUGGAUCUCUUCAUGGUGAUUUAGCCUGGCAACUUCACCCCCCCAGCAAAGGCUUGUUCAGUGGUUUCCUAGCGCCAUCUGGCAUACCGUAGCUAGGAAGCCCACUUUGCUGCUUGCAGUUGCCUGUGUAUCACGAGGCUUCCUGGCUUUUCUUGAAGCGAGGCUGGUUGGCACAGUCUGCUUGCCAGUGUCCCAGUCCUGUCCAAAUGCUUGAACUUACGGGACUGUACUCUGUAACCCCAGAGCUGGUUGCAUUGUACCGCUGGUUAGGACCUGUCUGCAGCUCAACGCACUAGAUGCCUUUGAGUUUGAUUUUCUUUUCUUGGUCACACUUUGAAAUGUAAGUCAGCCCUGAAUAAUCCAAACACUUUAUUUUAUUUUUCUUCUUUAAUAGGAACUUUCUGAAGAAAAAUGUGAUGUGUAAAACCUUUGAUAUUUAAGAUAAUAAAGUUUUUAUCAUAA